AUGAAAAAUAGCAGUUGGAUCAGAAAGAACUGGCUGCUUGUAGCUGUGAUUUCCUUCAUAGGUGUCCAUCUUGGGACAUAUUUUAUACAGAGGGCUGCAAAACAGUCUGUAAAGUCUCAGCCUGAAGGCAAACAAAAGAAUUUGAAUAAUGGAGUAAAAUAAAUAUUUGGAAUUACUAAAAUGUCAUGAUAUCGAUCAUUAUGUGCUGGUUAGCUUUAUAAGCAUGGAGCUCAGUAUCUAAUUUUACAGCCACCAUGCUGUAAAUCCGAACUCUGAUUCCUGAAAGAUAAUCUUGUUAAAUGUUAAAACCCUCGACAAUACAAUGAAUAGGAAACUCUGGUUAACAAAAUAAAAGCUUUCUUCACAAAUUA